AUGUCCACCGCCAACAGCAAUACCAAUACCCACAGCAAACUCAGAAAACCACCACCCUCCCCUACCUCUCCCACCUCAUCUCCCACCGACUCCAAAAACCCUGUCAAAACUAAACCCAGAUCUAAAAACCCACUCGCACAAAUCCAGUGGCUCUUCAGAAGCAACAUCCCGCACAAACGCGCUUCGUAUAUAUCGCUUGAUCCGCAGGGGAGGAAUUUUUUCGGGAUGGGGAUGGGGGAUAUUCUGGGGGUUGUUGUUCAUCCCUCAGAAACGCUCCGCUCCCUCACGGAAUCGAGAAAGCUCCUCGCUGAGACGCAGCACAGGCUCGAGGUCGCCGAGUCGCAUUCUCAUUCUUGCCCUUGUUCUCCCCCGAACUUGCACUCGCAUGCGCACUCUUGUUCUUGUCACGGUUCGCCCUCGCCCUCGUACCCGUGCGCGCAUUCGCACGAACGGUCGCACUCUUACCCACCCACCCAUUCGCGCGCACCCACCCACUCGCACGCGCACGCGCGCGCCCCCGAACGCCCGUCCAGAAACCCCACCUCCGCCACAUUCUUCCCACGCAAACGCGAAACCCGCGCCCUCCAAAAAGUGCUCGACGGCGAGCCAGCGUGGACGGUCGUGUUUGGAGCUUCGGGGGUUGGGAAGACGUCGAUCAUCCGCGCGCUCCUCUCCAACCCCACCCCCAACUCAAACUCAAACUCCAACCAAAAUCAUAACCCCCAUCAAACCAAAUACCACACCCUGCACUUCGACCUCCGCAUCGCCGCCUUCUCCGAUCUGGGAAGUUUGUAUACGAGUCUGAGUGUGCAGAUGGAGAGGUUUUUUGAAGGGGUUGGGUGUGCUUGUGCUUGGGGUUGGGGUGGGUGUUGUGCUUGUGUUUCGGGUGCUGGUGCUGGUGGCGAGGGUGGGUGUUGCGAAGGGGACAAAGAGAGAGGCAAGGGGAGAGGGAGAGGGAAGGGCAAGGGCAAGGGCAAGGGGGGGUACGAGGUGUUCGAGAGCGAGGCGUGGGUGUUCAAGCAUGACAGGUUAAGCGUCGAGCGCCGGAUCCUCGAGCAUACCACCUCCACCACCUCCAACUCCACCAGCGCCAACAAUCACAGCGGCGCCAACGCCAACAAUGGUAACGGUAACGGUAACGGUAACCCGCACCUUAAAGCGGGCGUGACGACGAGCGACGUCGCGAGGCUUAUGGAGCUUUUCCGGAGCGCACUGGUGAGGUACUGGGCGUUCCAACCUGACUCCGACUUUGACACCGACUCCGACUCCGACUCCGACUCCGACUUCGACACCGACUUCGAUGACGAGGGCCAGGGCCAGGGCGGUAAAGCGCCGAAACAGGGACAGGGACGGGGUCGUAAUAAUAACAAUAACCACAGCCGCUCUGGUACUGGCACUGGCACUGCAAGCAACCCGCAUGCGAAUGCGAAUACGAACAGAAGACAAGCCUCAGCGUCAGCUUCGGGCGACUCGAACAGGACACAUGUCAACGUCAACGCCGAUAUGGAUCGGAACAGCGUGAAUUCCGGGAACGAAGAUAAUGAGAAGGGUAAGGCUAAGACGAAGACGAAAUCGAGGUGGGGAUUUAUGCAUUGGGGCGCUCGGAAGAGUUCCAAGAACGAUGGGUAUAGGGAUGGAAAUGUGAAUGAGAAGGGGAAGGGGAGGGAGAGGGAAAAGGUAAAUGAGAGGGGGAAAGAGGAGGGUAGAGGGAAGGCGAAUGCGAAGGAGGAGGGCAGGGGGAGAGGGAGAGGGAGGGCGAGGGGCAGGGGCAAGUUUGUUAAAAGGAUGCCGGUCAUCUUCUUUGACGAAGCGCAUAAACUCCCCGCGCUAAUCCAAUCCCCCGAAACACUGAAAUGCCUGCUCGACUCUAUGCUCGUGCUGACGAAGCAGGACCGGCUGUGCCACGUUAUCCACGCGACGAGCGACCCGUUUUAUCAGGCGUGGUUGAGGCAGUUUAAUGUGAUGCAGCAUUGUAAAAUCAUAACGAUAGGCGACUGCUCCAAAGCGGAAACGCGCCGGUUCUUCCACGAGCGCGUUAUCCCGCGUGUGCCGGAGCGCAUGCGCGCGGGCCUGGUGUUUGAGGUGUUGUUUGAUGCGUUUGGGGGAAAGUUGGCGCAUUGGGAUGAUUAUAUUACGGAUUAUGGUGUGUGUUCCCCUCCUUUUUUUGUUGCUAAUUGUUUUAAUUCGAAUGGGACGUUGGAUAUCAAACAGAGCUCACACUUCCUCCAAGCACACGCGCUCCUAAAUCUACACAUCAUCCACUCGUCACAGGCAUCCAGAUCAGGCGGUGGCCCGCCAACCGAAGCAGGCGACGCAUCCUCCAGCGCCGCGCGCGGCGCGGGCGGCGCUGCAUCGGUAGGAGCGAACGCCAGCACAAUCGACACGCUGCAUCCCGCGCUCGGCCCGGCGGGAUUCAAGAUCUACUCGCCGCUGACACACCACGGUAUGGGCGCAGGCGCGGCGUCGAUGAUGAACGGGCCCUUCUUUCUCGGUGGAGAUCUCGCUGCGUUCGGGGCUGGGUACGGGUUAUCGGCGUCUGCUUACCCGUUCGCGCUAGGCGGCGGGUUCGGUUUCGGUGGUGGUUAUGGUUAUGGCGGUGGACUUGGAGGUCUCGGAGGUCUGGGAGCGGGGGUAGGGAUAGGCGGGGGCGGGCUGGCACCCGAGUUCACGGCGAUGGAGCUGUUGAAAGUGAUGAGCCGCCUCGCGCGCGCGGACACGCAGUACCUGCCGUACUUCCAUCUAUGCAGGGAGCUCGGCGUGCGCGCGGUAGAUGGGAUGGUUAGAGCCCGCGUGUUGGAUUUGCGGUGGACGGAGACGGUCACGAGGGAGGGGACCGCUGCGACAGGCGCGGGGGUGGGCGCCGGUGUGGGUGUAGGGAUACACGCGGGUGUAGGUGUGGGCGUGGGCGUGGGUGUGGGAAUGACGCCUGCGCAGGCUGUUAGAGAUAGCGCGCUGGGCUCACAGCAUACAGCAGGUGGCCGAGCUGUCGCCGGAAGCUCCAGCGGGACACCAGUCCCACUCGACCUUCUCGGCCCGCCGCCCCCGAUCGACGAUAUCGAGCCCGCCGAGCAUGGCGAGGAGCACGCGGGCGUAGGCGUAGGCGUGGACGUGGAAGAGGACGCCGUGCAGGGUGAGGACCAUGGCGAACAGGUGGAAGAAGAUGAAGAGGAGGAGGAGGAGGAGGAGGAGGAUAUGAUGCAGCACGAUGUGUUUGAAGAGGUGAUGGAGGUCGUCGGCCCCAAACUGUUGCCUUUGACCCCGAUCAUGCGCUAUGCGAUGCGCGACGUUGUGAGGGAGUAUGAGGACGACCAGUCCGUGUCCGAGUACGCCUCGCUUUCCGAUGGGGAUUUUGAGGAGUAUUGA